CAAAUACAUAAAUUUUUUUUUUUAAAGGCAACUACAAGCUUUUACAAAGAUGGCGCCGAAGGCUAAGAAGGAAGCCCCUGCCCCUCCCAAAGCCGAAGCCAAAGCAAAGGCUUUGAAGGCCAAGAAAGCGGUGCUGAAAGGCGUCCACAGUCACAAAAAAAAGAAAAUCCGCACGUCACCUACGUUCCGACGACCCAAGACACUGCGUCUGCGGAGGCAGCCCAAAUAUCCUCGAAAGACCGCCCCCAGGAGAAACAAGCUUGAUCACUAUGCCAUCAAGUUCCCCCUGACCGCUGAGUCAGCCAUGAAGAAAAUAGAAGACAACAACACACUUGUGUUCAUUGUGGAUGUCAAGGCCAAUAAGCACCAGAUCAAACAGGCUGUGAAGAAGCUCUACGACAUUGACGUGGCCAAGGUCAACACCUUGAUUAGGCCUGAUGGAGAGAAGAAGGCAUAUGUUCAACUGGCUCCUGACUAUGAUGCUUUGGAUGUUGCCAACAAAAUUGGAAUCAUCUAAACUCAGUCCA